AAUCAGUAUUCGAGUCAGAGACUAAGCAUAAAGCUGUGCUAGGCAAUCGCGGCGCUACGUUCAAUUGGGAAUGUUGUGUGUACUUUGAAAUUUAAGUUUUCGCUUAAGUGCUUUCGUAUUGUGUGCAUAAACAUUUGUUAAACUCGUAAUCAAAGUUGCACACUAGCUCCGAAAAAGCAUGGUAAUAGUUAAAACAUUGAUAUAGUAAAACCGAUUCCAGUAUUCAAUAUCUAUUGGUUGCAAGCUCCCACUCCGAUGACACAACAUACUGUGGUCCGGCUAGUGUUACAAGAUCUUAUCAACUCGCCUGUUGCAAAUAUUAAUUAUUGAGAUCACAAUUCUCUCGUACAAUGAUUCUGAACUACGUGAUAUUGGUGCUGACGUGUGUGAAGGUUAUGACUGUCUUCUCAACAGAUUCAAUGAGGUCAGUUCAAGCAAAGGAAAUUACAACCAAAUCACAUUUCAAAAGUAGACCAAAGAGGAACGAUGACGAUGAAGUUGGAUGGUCAACAAUUAACGAAGAAGUCGAUACCGUGAUUCCUCUGCUGUUGUCUCAUUUACAAAAGCUUGGAAUUGAACACUUGCAACUUCCGGAUAUAAAGGAAAACAUAACUGUGAAUCCAUUAUUGAUAACAUACGAAGCUGGAAUUUUUCUAACAAAUGGAAUCGUUUAUAACUUAGCCGGAAUUCAGCGAUACGGACCAGCCUACAUGACAUAUAAACAAAAAUCAUUUCUUACCCGCUUCUAUCUGAACACAAAGAGUUUGCAGUUUGAGUAUAAUUUCUUGCUUAAACUGAUGGCCUUGGAGGGUUAUGGCAAAGUCAUUGGAUCCCUGGAAGAUACGGUCAUUUAUGCCGAAUUGGCGGUAGACAUUGUGACGUUAAAGAUGAAGCUUUUCGACUUCCGUGUUAUAAAAUUCAGAACAAUACAGGUGCAAUUGAAUCAAACACGAUUUCUCAGACACUUGACGGGUAUUAUUUUGAGCCCGAUAACAAACCUUUUCAAGGAUCGCAUAACAACCUCGAUAUCGGAUGGGCUCAAAGACCAGAUGCAAACUGUGAUGGAUGAUUUUAACAACGAAGACCCACUGGAAUUGCAUGGUUUCGUUAAACAAGUUCUAGGUGGUUUAACGGGAAGCACGAAACAGAAUGAAUGAAAGAUCAAAGUAUAGAAAAUAAUUUGUAACGUUGCAUAUUAAAAAAAUUACCAAAUAUAAUUGACUGGUUGCUGUAGGUGUCGGUAUACAA